AUGCCAGAGCAUAAGAAACUGUGGAAUGAUUGGUGUGACCAAUACCACUUGGAACUGAUUGACAAGAAUCUGAAUGGCAUACCUACACCACCAAAGCCUUUUGUUGAAAUGGAAGAAGCCGAGUUGAAUUCCUGGCUCUCUAAAGUAGACUUUGCAAAACUUGAAGAUGGUAAUGAGAGAAAAUUCAAGGUAACAGUUCCCACAAAGCAAGAGCUUUGCAAAAAUAGUCAAACCACAAAAACAGAUGUAAUCAACCUUCCAUUGUCAUUGGAGGAUAAUUCUACAUUGAAUGGUACAGCUUCAAUAUUUGAAGAGUUUUCUAUUUUCUUUUCCUUGCCCAAAAAAUAA